UGAGGAGACAGCUGCAGACUGACAUCCACAGGAUGGAGAAGGAGGUGGAGGUCUUGGAAGAGGAGGAACUCAACAUCUCCGCCAAAGAAGACUUUGUUCUGAAGAGACUAAAAGAGGUGGAGAGGACUGCUGAGGACAUCAUCAGGAAAGCUAUCUCUGACAAGCAGGAAUCAGACGAGCAAGAACUGCACGGUUUCAGCAGUACUGAGAAGACCAGGGUGGACCACGUCACCAUGGAAACCACUGAACUACCAGAAUUGGAAAUGGGGAGCGAGGAGGACGUGACUGUGGCUGAUUCACCUGACAAAGAUAUCAUUUUUAACGUGGACAGUGAAGAAGUUUGUAUAGAUACCGACUCGCCGGAUUUCAAUGACCAACCAAGUUCUGGGAAAUUGUCAACCAGCCCUGGAUGCCCCGAGACCAGCGAUUCCCAUGACUUAGACUUCAAUGAGGAACAGGAAGUCGUAACGCUUGAAGAAGGACAUACCGAGCUCCAAAGAAAUGAGUCAAUGGCUUCUUCAGUGUCGGACACACUCUCCAGUGCUGAGAGUGUUUAUGAGAAUGAGGCUUCGUGUAAGAGGCAAGAAACAACAAAACAAGAACCAGAGCAUGAUUUGGAACCGUAUUCUGAAUCGAAGGACGACUCCAACCCAGAGAGUCUCCACGAAACAGAGGAAGAGAUAGAACAAGACACAGACUUGGACCAUUACCCGGAUCCACACCUUUUCCCAGAUGAGGAUUAUGAACCUCAUCUUUGCGAUGAUGACUUCCAAAAUUUGGAAGUAGAUGCAGAGGAAGACCCUGAAGACCCCGAAAUUCUUUGUGAGAGUCCUCUUCCAGAGGAAUCAACGCUGGCACAGGACACUGAAGAAGAUGCUCUCAGCCAGUCCUGUGGUUAUCUUGACCCCGAUGAGAUCGAUGAAUGCCUCAGUGUUGAGAUUGCAGCAACUUCAUCGAAUAGUGAGGCGAAUGAAAAAUGGAGAACCAUCUUUUCCUCCUCUAUAAACAAAGAAGAUGAUGACUCCUAUUUGGACAGUCUUCAGUUGAGUGCACAGGAGCUCUUUGUACAAAAAGUUGAGGUGAUUGACUUUGAAGAUGAAGAAACCAACCACUACGACGAAGUCCAAUUUCAGGUUCCGCAAGUUGAAGAAGUGCUUGAACAACCGGACUCUGCUUUGUUAUCCACCUCUCCACAGGAAGGAAAAUGUAUCUCGUUAGGCCCGCAAGUUCUGUUCAAAAUCUCCGAAGAUGAAAACGAAAAUGGGAAAGAGGACGGUAAUCCUUGCAGCGCUCAGAGACAGAACUCCCAGAACUCCGUGCCGGAUCCAAACAGAAAACUGCCCAAAGAUUUCUGUGUCAUACAAGAAACAAAGAGUGUCAACGUCAGCACAGAACACGUCGACUUCCAGCUGGCUCGACAACAAUGGCGGGCCAUGGAAGAACAGACCAAAAACAAAGUCGUCUUACCAACAACCAAGCAGACCAGCCUCCAAUGCAGCCACAACUGCAUGUACACACCAGUCCGGAACAUUGAAAGAACAAAGAGGACAUCACAGGAGCUGGAAAACCUGACUCUUGUCGGAGAUUAUUCACAAUAUAGCCCGUGCUCCGAAGACUCCGGCUUGGACGAUUCAAGCUACAGAUCUCCUAAUGAUGACCUCGAAACACCCGUGGAAAAAGAGAUUCGCCUGUCGAUGGAAAGAGAGGAGAAUUUUAGGAAAGAGAGGAGUCUGUCCAGGAUGGGCAAGUCUACGGACACUCUGAUCAGCACUCCGAUGCGAGGCAUCCCAAGAUCCAUCAGCACUCCUUUGACUCCGUCCUUUAUCAUUACGUCCUCACCCACAAGGGAACCGAUGAAACAAGACGCCUCCCCAACAAAUAUCAUCAUACUGGACCAGAGCAGUGAUGUCAACUCCAGCCCGGGAUGUGGGGAAUGGUGCUGCGAGGACAGCAGCUCCAACGUCAUCAUUUUGGAGACCUCCAAUCUGAUUAUUCGCAGCGCUUCAGAUUUCUCCCUCAACAAAGCCUGUGAGCCCCCAGAGAAAAUGUUCACCAGCAACCCUUUCUUCAAGUUGCGCUCCAGAAGCACGAUGUCGCUGGUGGACGAGGAGAUCAUGAUUGUGAAGCAGAGGGAGGAGGAACUCAGGAAGGAGCGGGCAAACCUGUACAGCAAAGGGAGGAUGUUGGCCAACAACUUGGCCACUUUGUCCUUGGACUUUCCAGUCAAGUGCAAGUCUUCGCCAUCAUCGCCAAUGAAAACAGCCAAGAUGGAUCGAUCUACUUUGUCCUGUGAUCACAGAUUCCUGGAUGGUUUCAGCGGCGGACGACGCAAGAGCGCCAUGGCCCUGCGCUGGGAGGCAGGCGAGUUUACCAAAAAUGACCAAGAGUGAAAUCAUCUGCCGUGAAUAUUUUGUCCGCGUUGCAAACAUUUCUGCCAAUGCUUACCAAAUGUGGUGAAUCAGUGUUUGAUUAUUGCUUGAACGUGUUUGUGGCUGCAUUCUAUUCCAAGUCUGGAACUAUCUAACCAGGAACAACUCAAGGGUGUGCAAUGUUUACAGAAAAUAGUCCAAUGAAGCACUUUUCACAUGUUUCAUUGUGAUGAGCUUUCCACUGACUGGUGUGCUAAGAAGCGAGUGUAACGCUUCCGUGUUUUUGUGUCGGCCGUACAUAAGUCCGCUAAUCUAAGGAAGUAAAUCCAGAGCCUCGCGUACCAAAAUGCUCGCAACCGAGAAAUGCAAAUAAAGGUUUGUGCAUCCUGAGCAGGGCGGGGGUCUCAAACACACUAAAUCUCUUCUUCAAUCACACGAAUGAUGCAAACUCACUUUGGGAAACAAUCACAAUCUUUGAUCAUCUCCGGGGGAAUUCAAACUCAAACGUUUUACAUUCAUGACUAAAACCUACCUAAAACCAUCGUUGGAAUCCGGACCAUUCCGGUUCCUCCUUUAAAUUCCGAUUCCCGACGACUCUCGAGUCCGAUUCUUUCAAAGUAAAAGUAGAACAAGUUUCCUCCAUAUUGAAGCUGUUAUCAUAUAUAUCUGAUUUAUUAAAGACUUACAAAGUUAGCGAAUAAAUAAAUAUGAUCAAGAUAGUAUCAAUCUUAUGGAGUUUGCCAUUUGCAUCGAGGAGGAACCACAGAUCGCUGCCCCAUCAACAACAAUUCUAACAAGCAGACUUUGUGAAAGCCAACUUUGGGAAAAACGAUGAUCCAGAAAUGUAUAUUUUUGAGCCCGAACACAAAGAGGAUGAGCAAUACGUUUUAGAAACCUAGUGAUGGAUGCAGUUUCAUGGUGACACUAUAGCAUUAGCAUCAAUGCUAGGUGCUAAACAUACAAACUAACCAUAAUAAAACAAACACACACUGUAAUAUCUCAACUCUCGCUGGGAUGUCAGCCAACAUAAUUCUGUUUACAUGAGGAUUCAGUCACAAUCCUCAUCAAGGGUUUACAAAAACAUUUGUGCAGGAAGCGUAUUUUUGUGUCUAUUUUGCCAUAUUUUGAAAGUGGACCCGCCUGUGAGUCCAUGGCCACAUUUGUGAGAGAUGCAUGAAUUAUAAUCUAAAAUGUACUUUUAGCACGUUUGAGAGCAAGCAGAAGCAGCUAAUACUGUGUCAACAAUAGCAGCGUAAGCUAGCAUUAGCUCACUGUUAUCGAUGUGCCGCUAGAAUAGUCCGUCUGCAUAAGCACUCAUAAUAACAAUAUCACUCAUAUUUGGUUAUUUCUCAGGUCGGAACAUGUAAAUGGAGGACCGUUGGAACUUUCUGGAUGUUUUUUAGGGAGUAUAAUGAGAGGACCCUCCACCUGAUGACUCAAUUGUUGCACAUUUUAUAUAUAUAUAUAUAUAUAUAUAUAUAUAUAUAUAUAUAUAUGUAUAUAUAUAUAUAUAUAUAUACAUAGAUAUAUAUAUAUAUAUAUGUAUUUAUACAUACAUAUAUAUAUUUACAUACACAUAUAUAUAAUGUAGAAACAGACACCUUCAUAACAAUAUGUAAUAUGUACACACUGCAAGUGUAUAUAUAUAUAUAUAUAUAUAUAUAUAUAUAUAUAUAUAUAUAAAUAUAAAUGUAUGAGGCUGAAUAUACUGAGGAUGAACUGCUGCUUAUAGAAGCCAGCACGAAAGAAGAGUAAGACAUUGGAGCAGAUGGGAGACGAUAAAGUGAGGUGAAAAUGACUCGAAGCUGCAAAAUGUGAAAUUUGAAGCCAAGCUAUUUCAACAUAAAUGGAGUGCUUAACCAAAUAAAUAGGAAUAAAACGUCUUUGGCUAACUGUACGAAAUACACAACUGACCAUGUAGUGAGUCACACUUUUUAAUGAUACACACAGCAUGUCAUGUGUGUUAUUACAACUACAGUACAUACUAGCUGUGUAUAAACAAAAUAUGAAAUAAUACUUUACAGAUACUGUAAUAUUUAUGUUUUUCACUCAGUACAGAAUACUGUUCUAUCACAGUGUUGUCUAUUACAAACUCAAACAAAUUUUGUGUUGAUGCAAUUGCUAGCUAAGCUAGUUAACUUCCACGGCUAAUACGGAAACAUGCUAAUGUGUUAGCACGCUAGAAAAAAGACUUCCUCAAUGUUCACUUUUACAAUAACAAUGUUGCUACACUUUGUUAUUAUACAUGUUACACAAGGUCAAUCAUGUAUUGGUGACACUUUUUGAAUACAUUUUUAAAGUCAAUUAGAAGUAGAAUUGGUUGCUAACAUUAGCUGCAUUGCUAGCUACUUGAAACAGGACCAUUUUUGAAUGUUGAGAAUGCUAACAAAUAAAUUGUCUCAUAAAACGAUUGUAAAGGAUUUAAAAAAAGGUGCACUUCCCUUUGAAGUGCUGCUGUGUCCAGGGCAGGAUGUCAGUUUGUAAACAAGAAGAAGAAGAAGAAGGUGACUAAUUAGUGUUUGAGACUCCUGACCUCAACUUUGUUCACCAACUCUAGGAUGCGGCCGCCAUUUUGCUAUUGUUCUUGGUGUCCUAUUUAUUGAUAUUUACUGCACUAUUUCUAUUUAUUUGUCUUUUUUUAACUUGCUGUUUUUGUUGAAUUGUAUUUUGAGAGUAGAAAAGGUGAAGGAUGAGGAAGAAUUUAAGCUCUUUUUAGCACGCAAUGUAAACAUUAGCUUAGCAAAACUGGGCCUUUAAAAACACAAAAAAAUGGUUAGCUAACCUACAAAUUAUUAUCGAGCCUAAAAACUGUUAGCUAACCUACAAACUAUUAGCUAACCUAUAAUCUGUUAGUUAACUUUCAAACUGUUAGUUAACCUACAAACUGUUGGCUAACCUACUGUACAAAUUAUGAUCUAGCCUAAAAAAUGUUAGCUAAUGUACAAACUGUGAGUUACUUUACAAACUAUUAGCUAUCAUACAAAAUAUGUAGUUAACCUACAAAUUGUUGGCUAACCUCCAAACUGUUAGUUAAUUUUCUAACUGUUAGUUUACCUUCAAACUAUUAGUGAACCUACAAAUUGUUGGCUUCUGAAGGUAUUUGUUUGUGUUAUUUGUUCAUGGUUUAAACUUGUCAAAAAAAACAAUUUUAGGCUGACUGAAUAAACCCCGAGAACUAAAUGUGUGUUUUUGUAUUUGGUCAAAUAGCAACUUCUAUCCAAGCAAAGCACACAAACUUUCAAAGUCUUCAAAUGAUAAGUGAGUCAACUCUCAAUAUCAUUUGAUGCUUCUAGUUGAAAUGGGAACAUACCUGGGGUCUCCCUUUCUAUAGCACUUUAAACAACUGUCUGUAUUCUCACCACUGAAGUUGGUUUCUAAGCCAAAUAACAAGUGUCAGACUUUCAUAACGUGUCACUUUGACAAUUCUUACUGUUUUAAAACAAAAUCAAGUUAAAUAACAAGUGUCAGACUUUCAUAACGUGUCAAUUUGACAAUUCUUACUGUUUUAAAACAAAAUCAAGUUAAAUAACAAGUGUCAGACUUUCAUAACGUGUCACUUUGACAAUUCUUACUGUUUUAAAACAAAAUCAAGUUAAAUAACAAGUGUCAGACUUUCAUAACGUGUCAAUUUGACAAUUCUUACCGUUUUAAAACAAAAUCAAGUUAAAUAACAAGUGUCAGACUUUCAUAACGUGUCAAUUUGACAAUUCUUACUGUUUUAAAACAAAAAUGUGUUAGCAUGAAAUGUCCCGAUCUUAGCGAUGCUAACAAGACAAUCAACACCAUUUGUUCUUGCUUUGGUUGAAAGUUGUAAAAAAAACAACAACAUUAAAUAUGAUCACGCUUCAAUUAGUCCUACUUUGUGGAGUCUUUAGAAAGCUUCUUUAGGCCAAGCAUGACAAUGAGAUUUGUGCAUCAGAGACAGACAGAAUGUUACCUCACUGAAAUGUUCUUGAAUUGUCUUUAUUGACAUUUAGUUGGUUUGUUUUGAAUGAGGUGGACUUUCCUGCUGGAUGUUUGGGAUGAAGGUGACGUGUGCAACAUUUUGUAUUUCCAGCAAGUCCUCCUUGUGCUUCAAAUGUCAUCUAAGAUCACAUCCAGGUUUGAUUAUGGACUUCUUGUGUGUACUUUCAUGUCUUAUUCAAGUCAAUACAAAGUUAUUAUUCUUAUGAAAAUAUCAAAUAUUCAUACGGCUGCCAAAGGGAUAUUUACAGGAACAACUAAACAAUUAUUGACAAUCAUUCUUAUUGUAUUUGUGCACAUUCCAAUGAAACUGUUCCACUAGCCAGGGAUUAUUAUUAAGAACUGUAUUAUUAUCAAGAAGUGUAUUAUUAUUAUUAUUAAUAACUAUAUUAGUCUUGUGAACGACUCCAUUCAAAGAGUCAUGAAUCUGAUCACUGACUUUGUUUAUGACUUUUAAUGUCUGGAUUGUUAUUAUGAUUGUUGUGUUUGUUAUGAUUGUUGUCAUGUUUGUUAUGAUUGUUAUUAUUGUUGUUUGUUAUGAUUGUUUUGAUUGUUAUGUUGUUAUGAUUGUUGUGUUUUUUAUGAUUGUUAUGUUUAUGUUUGUUAUGAUUAUUGUGUUUUUUAUGAUUGUAUGAUUGUUAUGUUUGUUAUGAUUGUUAUGUUUAUGCUUUUUAUUAUUGUUUUGUUUGUUAUGAUUGUUAUGUUUAUGUUUGUUAUGAUUGUUUUCUUUGUUAUGAUUGUUAUGUUUAUGUUUGUUAUGAUUGUUGUGUUUUUAUGAUUGGUAUGAUUGUUAUGUUUGUUAUGAUUGUUAUGUUUAUGCUUGUUAUAAUUGUUUUGUUUGUUAUGAUUGUUAUGUUUAUGGUUGUUAUGUUUGUUAUGAUUGUUAUGUUUAUGUUUGUUAUGGUUGUUAUGUUUGUUAUGCUUGUUAUGUUUAUGUUUGUUGUGGUUGUCAUGAUUAGUAUGAUUGUUAUUUUUAUGUUUGUUGUGGUUGUUAUGUCUGCGAUGAGGUGGGGACUUGUCCAGGGUGUACCUCGCCUUCCGCCCGAUUGUAGCUGAGAUAGGCACCAUCGCCCCCCGCGACCCCAAAGGGAAUAAGCGGUAGUAAAUGGAUGGAUGGAUAGAUGGUUGUUAUGUUUGUUAUGAUUGGUAUGAUUCUUUUGUUUGUUAUGAUUGUUAUAAUUGUUGUGUUUAUGUUUGUUACGUUUAUGUUUGUUAUAUUUGCUAUGCUUGUUAUGUUUGUUUGUUAUAUAUGUUAUGAUUGUUAUGUUUGUUGUUAUUGUUAUGAUUGUUAUGUUUGUCAUGAUUGUUAUGUUUGUUAUGAUUGUUCAUGUUUGUCGCGAUUGUUAUGAUUGUUUUGUUUGUUUGUUAUGAUUGUAAUGUUUAUGUUUGUUAUGAUUGUUAUAAUUGUUAUGUUUAUGUUUGUUGUGUUUGUGUUUGUUAUAUUUGUUAUGCUUGUUAUGUUUAUGUUUGUUGUAUUUAUUAUGAUUGUCAUGAUUGUUAUGUUUGUUAUUAUUGUUAUGUUCGUCAUGAUUGUUGUGUUCGUUAGGAUUGUUAUGUUUGUCAUGAUUGUUAUGUUUAUGUUUGUUAUGAUUAUGUUUGAUUGUUAUGAUUGUGAUGUGUUGAAUGUACAAAAUAUAGUUCAAACAAUAGUUCCAUAGUUUUCCUGUAAAAAUCCCAAUAUUCCACUGUAAAUAUUUGCUGCUUUGACUUUGUGUCUUUGCUUUGUGUUACUUCUUAUGAUUGUCAUGCACAAUCAAACAUUACACAACUAAUUGUCCUGUUUCAACAUUUGUGGAACAAUAAAAUAUUACACACAA